AUGUCAUUCAGUAGUUGGCCAGAAUUAGCGGAUGUCAUUGAACACAAACGUUUUGAAGUGAGUUUAAUAAAAAAAAAAAUGAUCCAAAUUAUUUAGAUAGCUCUGAAACAUGUGAAAGACGGCUCUCGGGAUCCGUCUUUUGAUGAUGAAAGCCUUCAAAAAUCGUUUUUUAGUCAGGUUCGAUCGGAAUUUUCGAAUUUUUCAGAUCAGUUAUAAGUUGAAAAUAUCAAGUUAUUGAAUUCAAGUUUAUAGUAGAAAAAAAGGUAUUGUUAAAUAUUUUUUUAUGCCGUGUUAAAAUUCCUUCUUUUAAUUUCGAAAUUGCCGUCAGAAAAAAAGAAAAAAAUAACUAAAUUUUUGGAGAAAAAAACUUUUUUUCAUAUUCCAAAAAAAGCUUCAUAUCACCACGUAUUUUUUUUAAAUUUUUUGAAUGAAUUGAAUUUCGAAUCAGGAUUUUUUUAAAUUUACAGCUCUUAUAAAAAAAUUCCAAUUUCACUUCAUUUGUUUUGAGUUCUCAAAAGCAUCGAACUCAGGUUUUAUGAAAAAUAUAAUGUCGAUCAUAAUCGAGUUUCAAAUAGGAAAACGAUAUAUGAAGGUUUUGUUGCAGGAUUUUAAAGUAGAAAAAAUUAUUUUUUGUUUGAUUUUGUUUUCUUAUAGAAGUUGAAAGGAAUUUCUGAACUUUUGACUAGAUUAGAAUGUGUUGAAAAAUGCUUGCUUGUGGUUCAAAGAAGCACGGACGAGUUUCAAAAAGGUCUUCGGAUGAAGAGCCUUUCUCAGUAUUCUUCUAUCCCGACUACUUCUCCUUCAAGACUUUUAUCACGAGUUUUUUUCAAAAAAAAUCGUAUUUUAUCAGCUUAUUCCGUUUUGGAGUAUUCUUUAUGUAGAUAAUUUUUGAAACAAAUUUUCGGAUUCAGUGCCCCCAGCUGAACCUUCUCUCGGUGACGAGCUGUUCUGUAAGCCGCAUUUCAACGGAAAUCCAAUUAUGCACAAAUUUGACCUCAAUUGCUUUCUCGCAUAACAAAUUGACCGAUCUUCCCGACGUGUUUGGUUCGUUUUUUACGUCUUUGUCCCCAGGGCAAAGUAAUUUGAAGAAGACGUUUUGGAAAAGGAAAAAUAUGUUCCAAGAGUGUCUCAAAUGAAUGGAAAUUGACAAAAAAUGUGCUAAAUAUACUUUAGAUAGGCUAAUCAUUGUGGGCUCUUACCUCAAAACCCUAAGCAGCUUUCAAGCUUCUGAUUCCGGAAAAGGAAAGUCGUUUCUGGUCGGGCGCAAGUCGAAGCAGCCGUUGCGCGGCGAGAAGUUUAGCUUCUGACUAUGAAAUAUCUUCUUAAGGCAAAAUUACCUAUUCAUAAUCAGCUUGACUGUAGUUUUUUUAAUAAAAGUUAAUCACUGCAUAACUUUGUGAACUCAGCUAUCCAGGGAUAAUUUAGCAAAUUUUAAGUUUUCCAUAACCUCAUGAAAGUUUUCCAGCGGCUUCCUAGCAAAAUCUUCAUUUUCAGGCUCGCUGAAGAAAUUGAAAUUCCUCGACGUGUCCCAUAAUGAGCUGACUGCAUUGCCAGCUUCAUUGAAGACGCUAACAAAGUUGGAAUCUCUCAUUGUCAAUAAUAACAAGGUAAGAAUGGUUCCUUAAACUCUUGAAAAUCGUUGGCUCCUAGAAAAGACGUCCCCUGAAGUUGAAAUUCUUUAGCUCCUCAAUAAAUGGUCCCCUGAAGCUGAAAUUCUCCCGCAUUUUGAAAAAAGGGUUCCACAAAGUGGAAAUACUUUGUUCUCUCAGAAAAUGUUUUCAAAAAAUCAAAAACUUUUGGUUCUUCAAGAAAAAGGUUUCGCAAAGUGGGAAAUCUUUGGUUCCUACUAUUUCGGUCAUGUUUCCCAGUCCAAAUGCCCGUUCAUUUGUAGUUGUGAGAAACAAAAGCCUACACAUUCUGAGAAAUGUGACUUGCGUUUUGUGGGAAUAAGAAAAAAGCUUCAAGGAGCUCGAGAAAGUCCGAUCAGUGGAUCUAGUAGUUCAAAUAUCAAGGAGAUUGAAAGUAAUGUAAAAUAGAAAAAAAAGUAAUAAAAAGGCCUAGAAGAUUUUCUAAAAGAUGGAACUAAGUAAGUGAGAUUUUAUUUCAAGAAAAAAAAUUUUUUUCGCCUCAGAAGAGAAUUUUUCUCGUUUUUUUCAUCCUAUUCGGAAAAUAACUAGAAACAAUGUCACGAAAUUGAAAAACAUCUUCCGAGGUUUUUCAUUUUACUGAUAAAAUGUUAUUUUUUUGGUUCGAGAUGUCAUUUUUUUGUAAUCUGAUGGUACCGAAGGAAUUUUUUUCACUAGAAUAACUUUAAAUGAAGUUUUUCAAAGGUUUUUGAAUCAGAUUUCGGAAACCAAAAUAUUUUAUUUUUCAAUCCCUUUUUCGCAAAAAAAAAUGGUCGUUUUAAGUUGGAAUUGACUCCGAUUCAAUUUUUCAAAAUUUUUUUUGGCAUAAGAUUCCCGAAUUUUUUCGUUUUCCAGUUCAUUUUGCAAAUACUAAGAAAUAUACCAUCUAAGGUUCUCAUUUUUACUGAAAAAUAGAAUUUUUUUUGGUUUGAGAUGACGUUUUUUAAAUUCUCGUACUUUUUCAAAUAAUCUGUUUUGAAUCAGAACACAGAAUCCGAAAUCCCCUUUCAUUCUCCAUUCGGCAAGAAACGCGAAUGACGCGGAAUUCCUCAUCCGAGAUCCGGGAAGGCCCUCUGUUUACUUUCAGCUGACGAUUCAAGGCAUUCCGGAGCUCUCGGCUCUGGGCCAAUUGCACGUCUUCGACGUAUCGCACAACAAUUUGGCCGCCCUGCCGCCAACCCUUGAUUCCACGAAAAUAAGCUCAAUUGAUGCCGCCAAUAAUUGCCUCACCGAGGUGCCCUUUUUGCCCGAAGAGAAAUCACUCGGAGGAAUCCCUUUGCAGCUUCCGGACGAGUUCGAGAAGUUGGCGGGAGUCCUGCGGGAGCUCCGACUCAACGACAACAAGAUGCAGGAGCUGCCGACCGUCGUCGGCAAGAUGCAUAGGCUCAAAGUUUGAAAUUUUCAGAAUUUUGAAGGACUGAAAAUUGAAAAAGUCCUUGGUUGAAGUGAUGGAGGUUCAUAUUUGAAAGGUUUCAGAAAGCGAGGAUUUUCUGAGUUUUCAUGUUCAAUUUAAGCACAGCUAAUUAAGUUAUCUGUCGAAAAAGCGUUCGAAAAUGAAAAAAAAAGUGAAGAAAGGGAAGUUUUACAUGAACAGUGACCUUAUUUUAUGAGUUUCGAGUGAAAGGUUUUUUGCCCAAUUUUAAUUUUGAUUGGAGACUUUUGGAGAAUUUUAAAGGAUUGAGCUGAAAAAUGAAAAAAAGACCCUAAUUUGAAGUGAUGAAGGUUCAUCUUUGAAAAAUUUGCGGCAAGGAUUUUUGAGUUUUUAAGUUCAAUUUGAGCGCAGCUGUUUGGUUUAUCUGUCGAAAAAUAGUUCACAAAUGAUAAUAAAGUGAAGAAAAAGAAAAAAAUCAAAAAGUACAGACUUUUGUGACCAUACUUUAUAAGUUUUGAGAGGAACUUUCUUUGCCAAUUCAGAUUUGAAAAUUUUAACAGUUUUUUUAACUGGUUCGAUGAAAAAAAUUCACUUUUGAAAAGUUGAAAAUUUCAAGUUAGCUACUUUUCUUGCAACUUUACUGCUUCAAAUUUACCAUUAUUUUUAUUUUUUUAUUUUUUUCUGAGCUAUAUUUACUUGCUCAUCCUUCCUUUCCUAUCGAGUCCAAAACCUUCUACUCUCAAAAUUGCGGACAAAAACUUUGAAAAAAGUUUUUUUGAAUGUCUCUUUCUCCAUCCCACAGACCUUGCGUUCGAAGCAAAAAUCUCAGUUUCUCAAAAACCCCAAAUUUUGAAAUUAAUUCGACACUUUUCAACCACAAAUUUUGAAUUCGUGCUCGAAAGUCACCAUAUCGUGAUAAAUCGGUGUAAGUAGGAUCCAAUUUUUUUUUCCACGGCGCUCGAAAUUUCGAUUUUGGGUAUUUCGCGAAAUGAUUUCCAGGCAUUGCAAAAAUCGUUGAAAUCACUUUGAACACGGCAUAAAUUUAAUUUUCGAAAUUUUUCUUAUUGGUGGCUUUGAACUGCUUGGGUAAUAAUCUCUUUUUAUUUCUAAAAAAAUCAAAAAAAUUUUUUUGAUUUUUUUCCUUUAUUUUACAGCUUCGAAUUUUCCAUAAAUUUAAUUUUCAAAGUGAAAUGUAGUGUAAAUAAUCUCUUGUAAUUCAAUUUAAAAUCGUCGAACCCUCAAAGAUUCGGAAAAUACUUGAAAACAAUUUUUUUUAAUGGUUCUUUCUCAUGUCGCCCAUUACACAAACCUCUUUGUUCGCAAAAAAACUCUUGGAGAUUUGCACUUUUUUGCGAAAAUGUAACCGACAACGUUAUGAGAUAGAUUGGCUUUGGCCGACGGAAAUUGUAUUUGAAAUUGAAUCGGGCCAUAAUGCCCGGGGCGUCGAUUGUUCUAGGGAGUCAACAAGUCCAAAGUGCACAUUCCAAUUGAUUAUUAAUGCGCGGUGUGGCUGACGCUUUCAACUUGAAAUGUUAGUAAUGGAAUUAUAAAUCGCCCUUCUGUGAUGAAGAAAAGGUGCAAACGAAGAGUUAGGACAGGAAAAAGUGGCUGAUUCCCAAGAAAUAUUCCUUUUUUUUAAAGUUUCAAAUAAAAAGUUCCCUUCCCUUGCUAACAGGAUAAUAAAGCUAGGAGUGCCGUCAAGCGAACAAAAAUUGAACAUUCAUUAAGAAAGCGGACUCAAAUAGUUGUUUUAAAACUUACUUUGAACUGGUACGAAGGACAACUUGAAAAUGAAGGAAUUACUUUCAAAUUUCCUUAUCUUUUCCAAGAACCAUUUUUGUAGGUUUUGGACCUGUCAAACAACGAAUUCCGCGACACGCGUUUUCAACGGCUGACAAACGACAAAAGAUCCAAGGUCGGGAGUUCCUUUUCGGGGAAGAUUUAUGCAUUUUCAAAAAGGAUGAUUUAUUGCUAUGGGCAGUGGUUGAAGAUUUUCAAAAAUUCUUAUUUCAAUUGAUUCAUGAAGCUUUCAAGCAUUUAUCUAUGUUUUUUUAAGUCAUGGAGAAUCAAAAAAAUUUUUUUGAGAAGGAGAUUUUGGGGUUCGUCUUCCUGAAUCUGAAGAAAAUUUUUUUCAAUAAAAAAAUUAUUUAUUUGAAAUUAUUGAUUCAUCUCGCUUCAGUACACUUCUCAAAUGGUUUCCAGGAUUAAUUUUUCUUAAUUUCGCGAAAAAAACUUUCAUGGCUUCUAUUAAAAUCAUGCGAAAUUUGGAAAAAAAUAUUUAAAGCCUAAGUUUCAUCCAGAAAAGGCUUAGGAAAAAAAUUUCAGACGAUUUUUUUGGCCAAUUUCAAACUUAAAUUUUUUUUUUCUCAAACGCAAAAUUUCAUGCCUAGCUUGGGAUAAAGGAAAUUUCAUCAGAAACAUCAAAUUUGUCCAAUUUUCCUUGAUCUUUUAUGAAGCAACUUGGAUAUUAAUUUAUCCUCUUGUUUCGCUUGAGUUCCUCGUAAUUAACGUCCAAAGUUCAUUGUAACACCCAUUCCCACUAUACGAAAGUACAACUAGCUGCCUUCUUGUUUCCCAAACAUUUCUUGAAAAAUGUACUUUUCCCCGGCCGGCCAGCCUCAGAUCGAUGACAAUUAGUGUUAGUUUAUCACUGGACGGCGAAAAUCAGUUGAUUACUCGGCUGGAAGCCCGCGGGAGGAGAGGGGGAGCCCGCUGCUCGUCGAGGACUCUCCGUCCUUCGAACGGUCUCUGACGCUGCUCCGCCUUCUCCGUGGGCACUGCCUCUCCGACGCAACCGAGUCACGCCUCCCGAGGCCGGCAUUUUGGCGUCGGCGGUCCGUCGAGGCUGGUCGGCUCCUUCUGGCCCUCGCUCCACCUCGAACUCGAGUUCUGCUGAUAUUCCGGCCCAAAUGCUCAUUCCGGUGUAUGACACUAAAGCGAACAAAGACGGCUAUACGUCGCAGUCGCUCGGUGGCAUACAUCGGGGUGUUGCUUCUUUCUCCCUUUCCCUCCGACCUAUCGAUCCCCUCCCCCUCUCUUUUUCCUUCCCACAACGUUUUUUGACGUCUCGAACUAAAAAUGCCCGGGAAAAAUGAAGUGUGAACAAAGGAGAAAAAGUCGAUGAAAACUAAUUCCCGUAUAGGUGCCGGCCGUAUUGAAUUAUGUCGAGAAGAAUGGCCGCAAAAAGAACAACGAAAAGACGGAAACAACGGCUGUGGAGCCGGAAAAAGUGGACCCCGCUGAAUCGGCCGUACUCGUUCGCACCAACGACGAACAGGUCUUUCCUGGAAAACAGAGGGAAUUGAAAUUCAUGGGGUGUCCUGGAAGGUUUAUGAGAAAAGAGAGAAACGGCUGCAAAAUGUUUGGAAAAGAGAGAAGGGAAAAUGAGCACGGCGGAAAAAAAAAAGCGAAAGGGAUGUAUGAACCUGGAAGUGAAACGAUUCAAUAACUAAAAUGGAAGCAUUCCUUGAAACUGGAGACAGCUGAAAAAAAUAAAUUUUAUUUGGAAUAGUUUAUUAAAAAAACAAAACUGAAAGAGAGACUUCAAAGAAUCGAAAAAGUUUCAAAAAUUUUGAAAAUGAAGAAGUUAAAAAAACUUGAAACAAAACUCCAGAAAUUUGAUUUUUCAUCUUUUUUUAGUUUUCCUGAAGAAAAAUACAUUUUUUUGAUGGAAAUUUCAACUGGAAAAUGAAAAGUUUUUAUAAAAAAAUAAUUAGCAAUGUGCACAGGAAAAAAAUUUUUAAGAAUUAAUUCUGAAAUCAAAUUUCAUUAUGCAAUUUGAGCUUUUUGCUACAACUUUUUAUUGAAAGUCUGGAAACUCAGUUUUUCGAAAAAUUAGGUUUGAUUUUAAAAAAAAUUAUUUUUUUCAUUCUACUUUCAAGUGAAGGCAAUUUAACAAAUGAUAAAAAUUUUUUUAAACUUCAAUUUUUUUAUUUUUCAAAAAAAUUGAUAUUUUGUUUUUUUCAUCCUCCGCAUUUCAAUUAAACAAGGAUUAAAAAUGAAAGCUGAUCCCAAUUUUUAACUUUUCUCGAAGCAAAGCACAAUUCUCUUUCCGGAAUCGUAUUUUUUGUAACUUUCUCAUUUCUCAGACAUCGUAAAACAAAACUAAUUUCCAUAAUUACCCGCCAAGUUUGGCGAAAAUGUGAGCUGCCGUGUCACGCGGCCUUUUCAUCGGAGCAUAAUUCGCUUUUCGAAAAUUGGCUCUUUUUCCUUUCUUUUUGCAGUUUCCUAUCGUAUAGACGAAGGUUCAGACUCGCUAUUAAUAAUCAAAGUGCAAAGUUGAUUAUGACUGGUUGAUUUGAAAAAUAAGAGGGAGAGAGCAAUACACAAUUAUCGUGCUGGAUGGCUAAAAAUAAAAUGUCUGAGUUUUUUUUUAAGAAUCAGAAAUGUAUUUUGGCAAUCUGGAAAAUUCGGUCGAUUCGGUCGCUUCAUUAGAGUGGCAUUUUUUUGAAAUUUCUGAAGGGUUUUGAGUUCAAAAUUAUUCAAGUGUCCAAAAGUGCGUAGAAUUCUCGAUUUUUGGUCCUUUUGUAAACUUUUUUUAAUUUUGACCUGAAAUCAAUAUUUUAAGUGCGCAAUAGUGUUCUUUAAGAUUUGAGAGUACUUUUUGGCAAAAAAAUAAAAAAAUUCAACAAAAAAAGUUUCUUUUUGGGAGAUUUCAGGACCAGAUUUUUUUGGAUUUUUCAGAUUUUUUUGAAGACUUCGAAACUGGUCGUACUAAGAAGGAAAACGUACUUAAAAAAAUUUAACAUCUUAAUAAAGCCCAAAAAAACUUUUCAACAAUGGAAAAAUAGACAUCAUAAAAAAAGCAACUGGACCUACAGACUUUCAAAGCAGCCUACGACUUUUUAAUCAGACUCAAAAAUGUUGAAAAAUUUUUAAUUCAGUGGAUCGAAGCAGAAAAAAAUUGUUCUAGAUAGUUUUAAUUGUUAGUUUAAAAAAAUUUUAUUGGGUUGUAAAGAGAAAAAAAUACUUCAGAAAAAAAUAAUAAGUAUCUCCUCAAAAAAAUAGUUCAGCUUCCAGUGUGUUAUAGAAUUGUGCAAUUUGAAAUUUUGCGAUUUCUCUCACCUUCAAUUUACCUAAAAUUUGAAAAAAAAAACGAGUUCUCUCUUUUCAAGCCAACCAGGACACUCAAAAAAAGAAAACCGCAUAAAUAAAAUUUUACACAAAUUUUUAAGAAACUACAUGUUUCUUUCUCAACACUGGGCUGUCAUUGGCGGUUGGCGAUUUUCACACAUUCUUUUGAAUUUCUGAAACUUCGAACGAGAAAAGCUUGAAAGGGUCUAAACCUUGAAAUCUUUUUUUUUUCAAAUUAGCCAAAAUAGAUAAUUUUCGUGGGCCUUUCCAAACUUUUCUCAUAGUUUUUUUUUAAAUUCAACUCAAAACGAACACCAUUCGUGAUUUUGCGCUAUAAAAAACUUGACUGAAACCCAAAAAAAAAAAUAGUUUUCGCCUUUUUUGGCUUUUUAAAGCUCAAAAGCCAAGUUAUGAAGUCUUGAAUACGCUAAAAACUUUUUCCUUCACAGUUAAAUUAUCACAUGAUAGCGUAAGAUUUCUGUAAAGGUUUCGACUAAAUUAGGCAGCAAAAAAAAUCUUUUUUUCGGUUUUUACUCAAGGUGCUUCCAAAAUUUCUCAGCUGAGUUCUAGGAUAUUAUAAAAAUUUUUAUCUUUUUUUCAGUACCUCUGUGAGUUCUCCAGGUAUCUUUUUCUGUAUCUUCCUUUUCUAGCUCGUCGUAACGAGACACAAAAGUGUGUCCGAAGUGCGGCCUUAUCUCGUCUGCUGUGUCCUUAACAACGUCGACCUUUCCGACGGCGACAACUUCAAAAAGUUCAUUCAAGUCCAGGUGCAAAAGUUUUUCCAUCAACUCCAUUCCCGACUUGAAAAUUGAUUUGAGCAGAUUGGCAAGGGUGACUUGAGAAACUAGAGAGUGGUCCUUAUAGGGGCAAUUUCAGAGGCAUUCAAGGUUCCUUUCAUCACUACAGGGGUCACUAAAGCUUGCAAAAGCUUCUAUAAGGGACAUGCUAUUCUUUAUUGCUAUGAACUAUAUGAAAAGAAGCAUUACCAUGCGAAGAAUUCAUUGAAUUAGUUUCAUUUGAAUGAAAAAUAUCAACAGAAGCUUUGUCUUUAGUUUUCAAAUCUGAACGAAAGAUUGGAAGACCUUCCCUAUAGGGAUUACUUGAGCUUUUAAGGCUUAGGGAUGCCCUUACCUUCUAUAGGGACCAGCUUAGUUUUACCUCUAAAAGGGGUAUUUCUUUGUCCCCUUCAGAAGCUGAAGCCCCUAUAGGGACCACUCUGGCGUUUCUGCGCGGCUUUUUUGGCAAGAAGCUCAAUAUAAAAAUAAAAGCUGAUUUUUCUUUUGAAUAUGAAUUUUUUUAUGCAUCAACUUUCAGAUGAGGGUAUAUCAACUUUGUGAUGAAAAAAAAUUUUCUAUAUUUUUCCGUCAUUUGACUUCGAAAUUCUUGCCAAAGAUGUCACAAAAAAAUCUGCACAUAUUUUUUUCAUCCACAAAAUAUCAGACGAAACUGCACGCAUCGCUGUGCGAGAAUCGUACGACGGCCGCAGUGGGAACGCAUCGGAUGGGCUCUUUUCAGCUUCCCGUCACCUUCAUGGCAUUGCCUCGUCAAGACCUCUAUGUAAGUACCCCAAAAAAAACCACCAAAAUGCCUCGUUCUAUGUGAAAAUGGCCCUUUUUUGCCUCAUUUGGAAAAAGGCUUUUUGGAGCUUGGAAAUGGAGGCAAGGCUUGAGAACAUUCACAGCUUAUGCAUGGAAACGAGUGUUUGGAAGACUUCAAGUUCCUUUUUUUAGACAAAAAAAAACAAUCGUAUAUUUUGUAUGUUCGCCUCACCUUAUACAGUCUAACUUGUCUGCGUCUCUUCUCUCUCGCAGAAAAAGUCAGAGGAACGUGAAAACAGCAUGUGAAAACGAAAGAGUGGUCGAAGGAGAAGAGAGCGCAGAGAAGCUAGAAGCUUUUUCACAUCGUGACGAAUAGAUUAUUUUCAACAGUGUAUUGGUCUACUUGAAAAAAAUAUGACGGUCAUUAAAAAAUAUAUCGAAAGAAUUAGCCAAUUUUUUUUCCUUCUAAAUUUUUUUUAUGAGCUUUUAAAUUGGAUUUUCGAUCAUUUUCCAAAAAUUGCAUCCAUUUUCUAUUGAUAUGGCGAAUUUCUGGCCUUCAUCAACAUUACUCAUUUCAUAAAGAAAGCGUUACAAAGGUUUUGAUUUUUUUUUACCAAGAAAACUUUCCAAAUCAAUCAAGUUCGCCAAAAAUCAAUACUACUGAUGUUUUUUUUUGAUGAUUAAAGAUCCUGUACCACAAAAAAAGAGGUCAAAUCAAGGAUUUUGGGCCCUGGUUAAAGAGUAAACUUUUUCCGGAGGCUUAAGGUCGUAGGAAUAAAGGAACUGUAUAACUUUAAUGUGAAAAAGUUUUUCUGAAGUGUCCUCUGUAUUAAACAAAAAAUACCGAAAAAAAUAAAUAGUUAUAAGUUACCCUUUUCUUUUUUUUCUUCUCUCAUUUCACCAGUUUUCAGGAAAAAAAAACUGAAAGUCUAACUUCGUUUGAAAAAAACGCUGAAGCGUACUAUUAUUAAGUUACGAAGCAUUGAGCUGUUUUCGGAGCCUGAUUUCUCUGUUGAUGACCCCAGAGCUUUCCAUUUUAUGGGGCAGAAAAUUGGCAAUCCAGAUAAGAGCCCUGAACAAGAAGACGAGCGUCAGCGGCAAUGAGCUGAUGGAGAGUCUGCUGAGGGACGCGGAACUGGCCCGGAAACGGAGUAAAAGAAGCACGAUCGAUCCCUUGUACAGGUGCCGGGUUCCUUGUUCCUUCAAAGAGCAAGAAGAUCCAGGUACCUUCACAUCGUUCGGGAUGAUCCAGUCUUGGCUUGUCUUGUCGACGCCCAGCAGGUCGUCAUCAGCCUUCCGCCCAUCACCAAUUCUGACCCCACCAAGGUCAGCGUUUUCCAAUUUCAUCAUGUUAUCAAAACAAAAAUGUUUUUCUAAGGGAUUUCCUAGCAAAAAAAAGAAAACAUGAGUCUUUGAAGCCCGAAACUUCGAGAGAGAGCAUUCAAAAAGGAGAGAGUAGGGACGUUUUUCUCUGCACGCCCUCUUGUUAACAAGUGCUCUCUUUGCUUUUCGAAGAUCCGAACGUAGACUUGCGCAUAGGCCUCGGUUUGAAGUAUGUAAAAGAGUUUCGGUUGCAUUUUUUUCUAAAAUUCAAAAAAUUGAUUUUGAAGUUUUUUCAAACCAUUUUUGGCUUCGAAAUUGAUGGAAAUCUCCAUUUUGAGGUGACCAAAAUAGUGAUUUUCAAAACUUUUCUGUACGCGGAAUAUAGUCUCGAUAUAGAAAAAAUAGAACCGCGAUAAUAAAUGGCUUAACUUUUUCAAUGGUGAUAUGAAUUGAGUUUACACCUGCUGCCACUGAUGCAAAGUCGUGCACCCGACAUAUAAUGACUUACGCGCUGAGAUAUUGAAAGAUAUCAGAGAAAGCUACUGAGUUUUUAGUUUUUUUUUUUCCAAGCUGCGGCUUUUGCAAUACUGGAAUGAUCGGUACCGAAUAAUUAUUCAAGUAUGAAAUUUUGAAUUCACAUAUGAUAAAAAAUGCAUGUUCUUACUCAACCUUGGUAUAUAGUCUGUGUGCCACGACUUGAAAUUUCACCGAACGACAUUCCGCUGUUACGCUGCGUGCGUUCGCGAAGCGUCUUUCAAAUCUAAAUCACGCUUUCAAUUGAUUGUUGUUGCUGUAGGAGCACAUGAAAGUAAAGUACCUCAAUAAAAGAGAAAAAUAAAUCAAAAGCGCGACCAAGGUUCGCAAAGGCGCGCAGCGGCACAGCGGAAUGUCGUUCCGUGAAAUUCCAAGUCACUGUACACAUGCUAUAGUAAACCGGACGCGCCUCGGACGUUUCUUAGCAAUUCCAGUGAUCACUCAAGAGUGCAGACGCUGCUAGAGUGACCAAUAGUACCUCAGAAACGUCCGGGGCAUCCGGGUGGCGUCAUCGAAGUCUAUUAAUAUUAAUAUUCUUUAUUCUUUUUUUGCAGCUGACUGUUGACACGACUUCCAUUUGGGUGGAAGUCUCUUCGGCACAAUCUCUCGAAAUUUGCAAGAAAGUCAUGGACGAACUCGUCGUCGAAUCGCUCAAAAUAUUCCCGGGUCUUGCCAUUGAUCAGGUAAAAGUUAUCAGAGAUCACCUAGGGAGGAAAGAAACAGCGAAUCGUCUUUUCCAUUAUAAGGAUGCACUCAUAAGCCUUGAGAAACAAGGAAAUGGUUUAACCAUUUUACAUCAUGUUUAUAAAUUUUUCUCAGAAAUUGAAAAACAGAAGAAGCUGUACAAAUUCAUCACAAAAAUUCGACUUUUUUUUCUUCACAAGUUUUAACUUCGACCAACUUCUGAAAGUCUACACUGCAACUUAAAAUAAACCAAAAGUUUAGAGCAAAUCUGUGUGCAGCUUUCGUUGGCAGGUGUUCUUGAAAUUGAUUGCGAACACUUGUUUUUACACAAUCUUUCCAGAGCAUCUGAUACUUUUUCUUUUUUCAGAGUGGCCCCUAGAAGGAUUCGAGAAAAAAGCAACCGACAUUGGGGGCGAAAUAGUGUUUCCUAAAGGGGUAAAAUUUGGGUACUCCCUAAGAAGCUUAGGUUAUGACCCCUGCAACUCAAGUGGUCCCUAUAGCGGUUUUAAGUUUUUGUUCUAUUUGCAAGUCUAAAAAAAACUUAAGGGUCCUAGCGUUCUCCCCUAGAGUGGCCACUUUUACAAGCUUUAGUACCCCCUAUAGGCCUAUAGGGGGCGGAAAGGUGGUUCUUGAGAGGAGCCCAAAAGAGCCCCGUAGUGACCAUUCUGGCGUUCCUAAGUACGACGAAGCUUUUCAAUGAAAAAAAAAAAUUUUGAAAAGAGCAUGAGAAAGACCUUUCCCACCCAGAUUUUAGGGUCUUUAAAGAUUUUUUUCAUCUCUCAAAGGAAAAAUAAGAAGAAACAGCUGUGUUGCAGGUGCGCGUCGUCGACGGAGCCAAUCACAUUUCCAUCUACCCGGACAAAAACGAUCUUCCCGGUGUUGCACUGAACCGAGUGAAAAGUUCAGGAAACGAAAAUGUUUAG